CAGGAGAUGCAGCAAAUGUCAGAGAAGGAUCAGCAACGCUUAAAGGACUUGCGCAUUACCAAUCCUCGCCACGAUAAAACCUGCAUCGAACAGACCAAAGGCGGUCACUAUAGAGUCAAAUUCUCUCUUCGGGGUAUGCCGAGGUCAAACAACUUCGUGCCUCGACCCUCUAAUAUUAUGGAUAUUGAGAAAUCUCUUCUUCCUCACCACCAGAAAAGCCAAGGGUGCAAUGUCUUUGUUCUUCACGGGCUCGGCGGAAUUGGGAAAACUCAACUAGCUGUCAACUUUGCACGGCAAUACAAAGCUGCCUUCAGCGCCAUCUUUUGGCUGGACGGCAUAUCAGAAGACAGCCUUAAACAAAGCUUUGCCAGUUGUGCAAAGAGGAUACCAAAAGACCAGAUUCCUGAGAAUAUCAAAGUCCAAAAACAGGCGAUGAAGUCGAUCUCAACGAGAUUGUGGAGCACGUACAAGAGUGGCUCGCAGAAUAUGACAAUGUCGAUUGGCUUUUGAUCUUUGACAAC